UUUCCAACCUUUAGGCUUUCGAAAAAAAAUAGUGAAGAAACGACAGCAAAGUUUUUGUCAAAUCAAGAUCGGCAGUUUUAUGCAUGUCCAGUCAAGGUAUUCUCAAUGAUCUGCAAGCUAAUGGCAAAUUCCGUUCCCCAUGUCCUCUGGAGGAGGUUCCUCCGGCCGCACCGAGCGUGUCCGAGGUGCACGGCGCUACGAUGAGGUACCCCAAGGCUCAUUCCGAAGUCACGAAGAUCCCCAGGCCUUACGACUUCAGAGAGCGUCCGAACUAGCUUUGAGCGCUGACCCUCUUCCACCGCCUCCGCUACCGGACCUGCCGCCCGUGGGACCCGAGUUUGACCCGAGUGACAGCGAGGCUGACGAACAGCCCGCUAUCGACAUCAAACCCGUCCACAGAUUCAUCCCGGACUCCUGGAAAAACUUCUUCAGGUCCAGCAACAGGAGUAACAAACCGCUGUUCAUGCCUGCUUCCAACAACUACAACAGCACUUCCGAAGGAGUUCGCUGUUCCCCACCUCACUCACCUUCCGUCCCGGGAUCUUAUCAGGAUCCUUACGAAGGGUCUGGUGGAAGUUACAACUCGCGUAAGGAGCGCGAGGCAAUGCUUCUGGGCGGCCAGCAGGAGUCGAUAGAUGGUCGCACCGCCCGCACGGCUCUGACGUACAGUGAGAGGGUGGAGGAGUAUAACGAGCGUUACUCCUAUAUGAAGUCAUGGGCGGGACUUUUACGGAUUCUGGGUUGCGUGGAACUGCUGCUAGGUGCAGCGGUCUUCGCAUGUGUCUGUGCAUACAUACACAAAGACAAUGAAUGGUACAACAUGUUUGGGUAUUCACAACCACAGAUGUAUGGUGGGUUAGGAGGUGGAUACUAUGGAGGAGCUGGUGGCAUUUACUACACCGGGCCCAAAACCCCAUUUAUUCUCGUGGUGGCAGGGUUAGCGUGGUUGGUGACUGUUAUUUUGCUAAUUCUAGGAAUGACAAUGUACUAUCGCACCAUCCUGUUGGACUCAAGUUGGUGGCCCCUCACUGAGUUCAUCAUUAACCUGGCACUUGCUAUCCUGUACCUGGCAGCAGGCAUUGUAUAUGUGAGGGAUACUACCCGGGGUGGCCUUUGCUCUUACCCCUUCUUCAACAAUGGUAUAAAUGGAAUUUUCUGUCGAACAGAAGCUGGACAGGUAGCAGCCAUCAUAUUUCUUUUUGCUUCGAUGUUUGUGUAUCUGAUCGGAGCCAUAGUUUGUCUGAAACUCUGGAGGCACGAGGCCGCCAGGAGAUAUCGGGAGAAGUACGAACAUGAGAUGCAGCCAGCAGAGACACCUACUGCUCAUUCUAUGAAUCACGUUGGAUCACGGAUCCCUGAACCAGUCCCUGUUUCCACAGUGAUCCCAACAAAGACUGUACCCACAGCUGCGCCCCCACCUCAGAAACCCAAAGUUAUUAAAGGGCAUAUUCCGUCUGGACACAUCCCUAAACCCGUGAUCAUGCCCGACUACAUCGCUAAAUAUCCCACCAUACAGACGGAUGAGGAACGGGACCAGUACAGGGCUGUGUUUAAUGACCAGUACUCUGAGUACAAGGAACUACAUGCGGAGGUUCAAACCACGUUAAAGAAGUUCGAUGAGCUGGACGGAAUGAUGCAGACCUUACCUCGUAACCCCACCAGCCAGAUGGAAGUUGACCGUAUAAACAGAAUCCUUCAGGAAUACCAGAGGAAAAAAAUGGACCCAACUUUUCUGGAGAAGAAGGAGAGGUGUGAGUACCUGAAGAGUAAACUGUCACACAUAAAACAGAGGAUCCAGGAAUACGACAAGGUGAUGGAGUGGAACGACGGCUAUGGAUAAACACAGCGGUCCUCUCCGGACUCUGUGUCUUAACGUUAAUAAGGGAAA